AUGGCGUUUGUACACCUUGUGGCGCUGUUCAUGAUACUCAGUGCUAAUCCAGCAUAUACUAGCAUCCUGCGGCAACGAGCGGCGCUACCAACAACGUUACACACACCACUCGGUACGGUACUGGGUGUGGUGCUGCAGACCGAGUUCCUGCGCCCCUACACCACCACCCUCGUCACUCUGCACAGCGAGACAGUAGAGGGAAGGGGCCAGCUGCAGGAUCUGCUGUCCGAACUUCUGAUCCACCACGUGCGCGGUCAGUUGGUAGUGCAGCUGCGACCGGAGGCACCUGGCAGUAGUCGGCAGUGGCACCGGUGGGCCCCACCCUGGACCCACUGUCUGCUGCUAGCUGAGAGCUAUGGUGCGCUACGCACGGUUUACGACCGUCUUGCCACCACCAACCGCUACGACGUAUCAGGCUACUACGUGAUCGUGCUGAUUGCCGAAGAAACCGCGCUCGCCACGGUCAACAGCCUCUUCAACGAUCUGUGGGCACGCGAAAUUGUCAACGUGGUGGUCGCCAUCCGCCAAGCUUACACCACUGCAAUCAAUACCAUCCAGCUCUGGACGUACCUGCCAUUCUCGCCGGGUCUGUGUCGGGUGCCGAAACCGGUGUUGCUGCUGAACUGGCCAAACGAUACCGCACUCUACGCGAUCGACUUCUUUCCCCGAAAGAACCUCCGCUUCCACGGUUGCCCAUUGCGCGUCGGUACCUUCGAGACGCGCCCGUUCACGAUGCUGCUGCCGGCGACGAUGACCAACCGGCUCGGCGGUUUCGAGGGAGACCUUCUCGAAUGCCUCGCCCAGAAGCUCGAGUUCACUGUCGAUCUACGGAUACCGCCACGAGCACAACAGUGGGGCAGAGCUGCGUUCGAGAAUAGUACCGGCAUGAUGCGGAUGAUCUACACGGCCGAGGUCGAUUUCGGUAUCGGUUGCCUGGGCGUGUCGUACGAGCGGAGUGCCAUGCUGAAGGCGGGCAUGGUGCACUUUACGACGACGCUGGUGUUGGUUGUGCCGCCCGGUCGCCCAUACAGCUCGUUCGAAAAGCUAUUUCAGCCGUUCCGGAGUAUCAUCUGGUACGUGACGCUUGUAUACAUCGUGGUCGGGCUGCUGGUCAGCGCAACGCUCAACCGCCGAUCGACGCCGGCUAUACUGCGGCGCGCAUUUGCCAGCGCCACCGAACCGGCCCUCAAUCUCGUGCGCGUCUUGUUCGCCAACCCGUUACCCUUUCCACCGCAUGCGUGCCUGGCACGGACACUGCUCCUGCUCUGGAUCAACUUCUGUCUGGUGCUACAGAUCCUUUACCAGGGUUCGCUCUAUCGCUAUCUGCAGCGCUCAAGCGGCCGACCGCCAAUGGCAACGCUCGCCGAGAUAGAUCAAUCGCGGGCCGCCUUCCACAUCAGCGAUUCCGCCCGGCGCUACUUCGAACCGUACCCGCACCGGUUGGCUCGCCUUCGCUACCUGCCGGCUGUACCGGAUAGCAUAGCGGCCCGGUUACGCUGGGUCGGUGAACACCCGGACGAUCCGGACGUGAGCAUGUGUACGCGAGACCACGUGGCUUACCACAAUAUGCGUCAUCGACUGGAUGGGCAGCGGGUGCGUGUUGCCCGCCAGCCAAUAGCCCUCUACACCGUCACCAUCCUCUACCCAAAGCGUUCCAUGCUGACGCCCGGGUUCGACGACCAGAUCGAACAGAUCGUCGCGGCCGGGCUACUCAAGCGCUGGGCCGGACGCUAUGGUGACUACCGUGACCAAGGAGAGGGGAAUGCCGACACCGCCACCAUCGCUGCCUCCCAACCGGCUCCAAUCCAUCUUGUGCAGCUGUUGGGGGUUUUCGAGGUACUCGUCGCUCUGCUCGCCUUCAGCACACUCGUCUUCAUCGCUGAACGAUUUCUAGCGGCGGACGGCAUCGCGCCGCAACUUUAA